AUGGUGAAGUGGUUAAGCACAACAGGGAUUUCAAAGGGGGCAAUCAACGGAUUCUUGAACCUUAAAUAUGUAUGUUCAUCAUUCGUGUUUAACAAAAUUACUUACCAUAGCCAAACGGAACAGGUCCAAAAACGGCCUUUCAGCUUCAGAUCAGCAGAUACAAUGUACGGUAAAGUAAGAUCUAUGCCAGGAGCACCUGGAUGGCACCAGGAGACAAUUACCAUGGAUGACGCACCCCUAGAACCACAGGAGUGGAUGCGCCGAAACCCGGUUGAGUGUCUGGAAUUUCUGUUCCAGAACCCGAGCUUCAAUGGCGAAAUGGAUUUCGGCCCAUACAAGGUCUUUACAGCUGAUGGUGACAUAAGGGUCUAUCAUGAGAUGGCUACAGGGGAUGACUGGCACGAACAACAGGCACAUCUCCCUGAUGGGACCACUAUUUUAAGCAUGAUGUUGGCUUCCGAUAAAACACAUCUCACGAACUUUACAGGUGACCAACGUAUGCACCCACUUUAUAUAUCUCUGGGGAACAUCCAUAAGGAUGUCCACCGAAAAAUCAACCGCCACGCCUGGAUGCUGCUUGCAAAGCUACCAGUUUGCAAAUUUGCCCAGACAACAUUCAACACGUCGGGUGGAACUCUUGAGGAAGCUGCACGCAUGCCUGGAAUCGUACAACAAGAGAUGUUUCAUCACUGUUUGGAAAUCACAUUAGCCCCCCUUCUCACUGUUCAGCAAGUUCCCAGGUUGAUGACUGGUCCCGAUGGCCUGGUACGGGCGUGCGUGGCAAUUCUGAUGUCACACUUGGCCGAUCUUGAAGAGCAACAGAUGGUUGCCAUAACGCAAACAGGCAACUGUUCAGUAUGCUUAGUUCCACACCAUGCCCAAGAGGAGUACACUGAACAUCCAGCACGCACGCGCGACUGGAUUCUCGACCCACUAAAACGUUUGCGAGAACAAUACCCUCAUGCUUCCACCUUUGAGUUCUCCCAAGAGGCAAAAAGGCUUAAGCUUGGACUGAGUGGUUGUACCGAGUCACCAUAUUGGAAGGGUUUUAAGCAGUGUCCUUCCCACUUCGUCAGUCAGGACUUGUUGCACGGUUGUUACAAGUUCUUUUGGGAUCACGUUGUUUCAUGGCUUACAUCAACUUUGGGUGAGGCAGAGCUAGACCGACGUCUAAUCGCCCAGCCUCCAGACAACCGUGCCCCACACUUCCCCAAUGGGCUCUCAUGCAUAUCUCAGGCUUCAGGGAGGGAGUUCAAGGCCUUUCAGAGCAUUGCUGUCGUCGUGAUCGCAGGGCACGAUGCAGUUACACCAGCGAUUAUGAAAGCAGUCCGUUCAUUGCUGGAUUACAUCUUUAUUGCACAGUCCCCCAUCAUAUCAAAGAUUGACCUGCAGCUCAUGAAGAGGAGCCUAGAGUGUUUCCAUCGGUACAAGAGAGCCUUCAUUCAGAAUGGUUCUCGGGAACAGGGCCAUAUGAAUAUUCCUAAAUUACACGCCCUUCCACAUUUUAUGGAUGAUACAUGUCGCAAAGGCACCCCUGACAACUUCUCGACAGAAACUCCAGAAACUCAGCACAUCAAAAUUUGCAAGGAACCGUAUUGCAUGUCAAACAAGCGUGACUAUGCACAACAAAUAGUCAAUUUCCUUGAUGUUCAAGAAAAGAUAGCGCUCCGAAUGCUGUAG